AUGGAUAUUAGACCAAAUAAUACAAUUUAUAUUAAUAAUUUAAAUGAAAAAAUAAAAAAAGAUGAAUUAAAGAAAUCGUUAUAUGCAAUUUUUUCUCAGUUUGGUCAAAUAUUAGAUAUUGUAGCAUUAAAAACGUUAAAAAUGCGUGGUCAAGCAUUUGUUAUUUUUAAGGAAAUAGCUAGUGCAACAAAUGCAUUAAGGUCAAUGCAGGGAUUCCCAUUUUAUGACAAACCAAUGAGGAUACAAUAUGCAAAGACCGACAGUGAUAUAAUUGCAAAAAUGAAGGGUACAUAUGCAGAACGGCCUAAAAAACCAAAACGAGUUGUGCCUGCAGCUGAUGAAGAAGCCAAGCGUGCCAAGAAACGUGCCAAAGAACAAGCUAAACAUUCACAACAGAUUGGUUACCAUGCUGGUGUACCACAACAUCCAGGCUUAGUCAAUACUGCUGUUCCAGAACAACCACCAAAUCAAAUUUUAUUCCUUACAAAUUUACCAGAUGAGACCAGUGAAAUGAUGUUAUCUAUGCUUUUCAAUCAAUUUCCUGGUUUUAAAGAAGUACGUUUGGUACCCAAUAGGCAUGACAUUGCAUUUGUUGAAUUUGAAAAUGAAGUUCAAUCAGGGGCUGCAAAAGAUGCUCUUCAAGGAUUUAAAAUUACACCUUCUCAUGCGAUGAAAAUUUCAUUUGCGAAAAAAUAA